GAUGGGACCACUUUGCCUCUAAAAUCUCUCAGCCCAACCCUUUAUAAUAGCUCUUUAUUGCUUCAGAGGCAAAGGAAGAGACCAGAGAGAGACGAAAGGGCGAUUUUGUUAUAUUUCCGGUUCCGAUUUUUAGGACUGAUAUUUUGCAAGACAUGGAAUUGCUUCCUCUCAGUCAUCCUUUGCCAUAUAAAUUUAAUAGUUCUGAUGUGAAAUUUAUAGAGAAUAGGCUCAGUUCGAAGCAAUCCAAAUUCUUCCCUAGUGGGCAAAGAAAAUGUUCAUCCUCUGUUUUGAAAUGCUCUUUUAGUCUGAGGAGAUCAGAUCAAGAAUCUUAUGAGAUCAAUAAUUUAGAUGAGAAAGAGGGGAUCAGGCUGCUAAGUUAUCUUGAGGGGCUUCAUAGUCAAGAUAUUGCAACGGCCAGGGAUGGAACUUGUAACUGCCAUGUAGUUGAUGGAAAUGUGAGAUUAAAAAAUGUUCCGAAAGUUGAUCAAACUGAAAAAAUUGUAAUUCCAAGCUUGCCCAAUGAUUCAAAUGGCAAUCAUGGUUCUCAAAUUAGUAGUUGUUAUUGGGAAUGGAAGCCAAAAUUGUCAGUGCACUAUGAGAAAUCUGGAACUGAAAAUAUUGGUGCUCCAGGAGUGUUAUUUCUGCCUGGUUUUGGUGUAGGGGCUUUCCAUUAUGAAAAGCAAUUGAAAGACCUAGGUCGUGAUUAUAGAGUAUGGGCACUGGAUUUCUUAGGACAAGGCAUGUCAUUGCCUUCUGAAGACCCUGCUCCUUGUUCUCAUAACGCCAAUUCUGAGGAGCCACAUGCAAAAUGGGGAUUUGGAAAUGAAUCAGAACCUUGGGCUACUGAGUUGGUAUACUCUAUAGAUCUAUGGAGAGACCAAGUUCAGCAAUUUGUAGAACAGGUCAUUGGUGAACCAGUUUAUGUGGUGGGCAAUUCCCUUGGUGGUUUUGUUGCUAUGUACUUUGCAGCUUGCAAUCCACAGCUAGCUAAGGGGGUUACAUUACUUAAUGCAACGCCAUUUUGGGGAUUUCUACCCAACCCCAUUAGGUCACCUAGGUGGUCCAGAAUCUUCCCAUGGGCUGGGACUUUCCCUUUACCUUCGAGCGUGAGAAAACUAACUGAGCUCGUAUGGCAAAAGAUUAGUGAACCCAGUAAUAUAAAGGAAAUAUUGAAGCAAGUCUAUGCUGACCAUUCAACUAAGGUUGACAAAGUCUUUUCUCGUAUUCUUGAAAUAGUACAACAUCCAGCAGCUGCGGCUUCUUUUGCUUCCAUUAUGUUUGCUCCCAGGGGUCAACUAUCUUUCCAGGAGGCAUUGACUAGAUGUGAUCUGCAAAAUGUACCAAUCUGCCUUAUGUAUGGCAAAGAUGAUCCCUGGGUUAGGCCAAUUUGGGGCCUUAAAGUUAAGCGUCAGAUACCACAAGCACCUUACUAUCAGAUUAGUCCUGCAGGGCACUGUCCUCAUGAUGAGGUUCCUGAGGUUGUGAACUAUCUGCUGCGGGGGUGGAUAAAGAGCCUGGAGUCUGAAGGAUCUCUCUCAUUGCCUCUCCUUGAACAGCCUGAACUUACUGAGAAGAUAUUCUCCAGAGAAGUUGAAUACAUCAGAGAAGAAGGAACUCGGAAAUCGGUUCGAGUUCAGUAUUUUGGAUCGAAGGUUUCCUUAUGGGGUCAGAUGAUGUCUUCCCUCACUUCAAGCUCUGCAAAAUUUUUGUCCAAUGGUAGAUAAUGCCUCCAUUCCAUCACACCAUUCACACAGGUCUUUGUAAAUUUUGUAUUUGUGUGUAAUAUUUUUUUUUUAUUUUUAGUUGAAAGUUAAAGAAUUACAAGUAUUGAUUCCAUAAUUUGAUGGUUUUCUUUUCAGAAAAA